CACCACCACCAACAACAGCACCAAACAAAAACAUUUUAUCAUGUCUUCUCAAUCCACCCACCUUUUGCUCUCCUCACCCCCCACCCUCCCACCCACCUCCUCUUCUUUUACCAUUAAUCAACCUAAAUUUUUACCGGGUGUCUGGUCUUUCGGCGCUAAAAACAAAAGGGUAUUUCUCUCAAAAUGCAGUGCGGUUUCCAAACCCCGCACUCAAGAAUAUGCAGACGUGUUACAAAAUGGUCUGCCAGUGAUAAAGUGGCACCAGAUUGUGGAGGAUGACAUAGAAGCCGAAGCUGAUCCUAAGGGUUCUGUGUCUAAUAAGAUCAAGGAACAUGUGGUGGCCAUCAGAUCGAUGCUGGGGUCUAUGGAGGACGGAGAGAUCACAGUGUCAGCAUACGACACCGCUUGGGUGGCUCUGGUGGAAGAUGUGGAGGGAAGUGGCUUGCCUCAGUUCCCCUCCAGCCUCGAAUGGAUUGCCAACAAUCAGCUCCCAGAUGGCUCUUGGGGAGAUAGUGAAAUUUUCACGGCUCACGAUCGCAUCAUCAACACCAUAGCUUGUGUUGUUGCUUUAAAAACAUGGAACGUUCAUCCCGACAAAUGUGAAAAAGGAAUGGCAUAUUUCAAGGAAAACAUAAACAAGCUUGGGAACGAGAAUGCUCAACACAUGCCCAUCGGGUUUGAAGUUGCUUUUCCUUCGAUUCUUGAAAUAGCUCGAAGUUUAAACCUGGAAGUACCUGACGACUGCGCAGUGCUGCAUGAGAUUUAUGCCAUGAGAAAUCUAAAGCUCACAAAGAUACCGAGGGACAUAAUGCACAAAGUGCCCACGACAUUACUUCACAGCUUGGAAGGAAUGGCAGGUUUGGACUGGAAAAAACUUCUAAAACUGCAGUCCCAAGAUGGCUCUUUCUUGUUCUCUCCGGCCUCCACUGCCUAUGCUCUCAUGCAGACCAAAGACUCCAAAUGCAUGACUUAUUUGGCAAAAGCUGUCCACAAGUUCAAUGGGGGAGUCCCUAAUGUGUACCCAGUGGACUUGUUCGAACAUGUAUGGGUUGUGGAUCGGCUGCAGCGCUUAGGAAUAUCUAGAUAUUUCGAGCCACAAAUUAAGGAAUGUAUUAAUUACGUCGACAGAUACUGGACUGAGAAAGGAAUUUGUUGGGCAAGAAAUUCCGAGGUACAGGACAUUGAUGACACUGCCAUGGCAUUCAGACUGCUCAGGUUGCAUGGCCACCAUGUGUCUGCUGAUGUGUUUGAGCACUUCAAGAAGGGCAACGAGUUCAUCUGCUUUGCUGGACAAAGCACACAAGCUGUGACUGGAAUGUACAACUUGUUUAGGGCUAGUCAAGUUUUGUUCCCUGGAGAAAACAUCCUCGAGGGGGCUAAGGAUUUUUCAACCAAAUUUCUGAGAGAAAAACAAGCUUCCGAUGAGCUGCUAGACAAAUGGAUCAUCACCAAGGACUUGCCUGGCGAGGUGGGGUACGCACUGGAAGUUCCAUGGUAUGCGAGCUUACCUCGACUGGAGACCAGAUUCUUCAUCGAACAGUAUGGUGGCCGAGAUGACGUCUGGAUUGGCAAGACUCUAUACAGGAUGCCCUACGUAAACAAUAAUGUCUACCUCGAGCUGGCAAUACUUGACUACAACAAUUGCCAAGCACUGCAUCUGAUCGAAUGGGACAACAUUCAAAAGUGGUACGCAGAAUGUAGACUUGAAGACUACGGAUUGAGCAGAAGAAGCCUCCUCAUGGCUUAUUUUGUUGCUGCAGCAAGUAUUUUUGAACCAGAAAGAGCAAACGAGAGAGUUGCAUGGGCUAAAACGACAUGCUUGAUUGAAACAAUCGGGUCUCAUUUCAAGGAAGAAACUUAUGAGCAGAGGGGGGCCUUUGUACAUGAAUUCAGAACUAGGAAGAUGAAUACAAACAAGAAAAGGCAGGGGCUUAUUGAGACCUUGAUGGCAACUCUACACCACUUCUCAUUGGACGCAAUGGUGGCUCAUGGUCAUGACAUUAGCCACCCUCUACGCCAAGCUUGGGAAAAGUGGCUUACGAAGUGGCAAGAGAAAGGGGACAUGCACCAAGAUGAAGCUGAGCUACUGGUGGAAACGAUAAAUCAGACCGCUGGCCUUUCAAUCCCAGAAGGGUUGUUGUUGUCCAAUCCAGAGCAUGAGCAACUUUUUAGCAUCACUAACAGUGUUUGCAAUAAACUACACUCCUACCAAAACCAAAAGCACAAGGUAAAUGAAAAUGGGAGUUGUACCAUGAAAAUCCAAGAAAUAGAGUCAGAAAUGCAACAACUUGUGAAAAUGAUGCUCGAAAACCCUUCGGACGACAUACACUCUUCGAUCAAGCAAACCUUUUUCGUGGUCGCGAGGAGCUUUUACUAUUCUGCCUACUAUGAUCCUGGAACCAUUAACAACCACCUUACUAAAGUGUUCUUCGAGCGAGUAAUCUGAUAUUUGCAUAUAGGAUUAGCCACAGUGCCUCAUUUUAGUGAUGGCAGAUGUACUCAGCUCAACCCAAAUGAAAGCAAAAAAAAAAUUAGACCUUGCAAAUGGUCUUUGUUUUUGUUUAGUGUUAAAUAUAAAUACUCUUCAAAAAAGGAGUGUGUUUUUGGGAAACAGAGACUUGCUUUAUGAGUUUAA